CUAUAAACACAUCCUCAUAUCAAAAACGUUAACGCAAAAACAUGGCGGCAUCAAGAACAACAAUGAUCAUCAUUUUUGUUCUCUGUCUCUCAUGUACAUUGUUGGUGAAUAUCUUUGGAGUACAAACCAAUGAUGCAUCAUGCAAGACAACAAAAGAGUGUGUGGUGCGAUGUUCCGAUGAAGAUGCAAAAUGUAUAAGUCACGGGGAGUGCCAUUGUCCGCUCCUAAAAGUAAAUAUCUUUGGAGUACACUUCAAUGAUGCAUCAUGUCUGACAACAAACGAGUGUGUGGUGCGAUGUUCCGAUGAAAAUGCGAAAUGUAUAAGGACUCACGGAGAGUGCCAGUGUCCGCUCUGAAAAUUCGAGAUUGAGGCGACCAA